AUGCACCUUACAAGCCCUAUCGACGACGUCCGCGACGGUCAAGACGAUAUGGUCGUCCCGACCGCAGGUAUGGUACCUUUGGAACACAACCCCAAGGAACCGCACAAGACCAGAGCGACCAUCAUGAACGAUGGAAAUGCUGUGGUCGAGCCUGCAGCGACCAGUAAUGGUGCUACGCAACAAACAGCUAUCUCCUCGGUCCUGCAUCGAUCUCUACACCACGACCCAUUGCGAGUCGUCUCUGCCGAAGGCAGUCAUCUUCACCUCAGCAACGGACAGACAAUCUUCGAUGCCACAGGUGGAGCUGCCGUCUCUUGCCUAGGCCACGGCAAUGAACGAGUCCGAAAGGCCAUCAACCAUCAGAUGAAUGAGGUCUCUUACUGCCAUUCUCUCUUCUAUGGAACCUCAGCCGCCGAAGACCUUGCGACUCUGCUCAUCGAAAGCACGAACGGCAAGAUGGCCAAAGCCUUCUUCAUUAGUAGUGGAAGUGAAGCCAUCGAGGCCGCUAUGAAGAUGGCCCGCCAAUACCAUCUGGAGAAGCAACCUGCAGAGCCAAGUCGAACACAUUUCAUUGCUCGGCAACAAAGUUACCAUGGUACAACACUCGGCUCCUUGGGUCUCGGUGGCCACGUAGCCAGACGUGCUCUCUUCGAACCCUUGCUCAGUACCAACACAAGCCACGUCAGCCCUUGCUACGCAUACCGGGGCUUCGCAUUCCUCGACCAUGAGAAAUCGUACAUUCGUCGGCUCGAAGCCGAGCUGGAAGCCGAAUUCCGGCGCAUUGGCCCUCAGAACGUCGCCGCCUUUGUCGCCGAGCCUGUGGUUGGAGCUGCGCUAGGAUGUGUGCCGUCUGUUCCUGGAUACUUUGAAGCUAUCAGGCGUGUCUGUGAUCGUCAUGGUGCACUCCUCAUCAUGGAUGAGAUCAUGUCUGGUAUUGGGCGUGUGGGUCCGAGGCCUUCAGAACAUUAUCCAAAGCCGCUUCAUGCAUGGCAGGACCCUUCUGUUGGUGUAGCUCCGGACAUCAUGACCAUGGGCAAGGGUUUGGGAGGGGGUUAUAUGCCCAUCGCAGCCAUGUUGGCCAACCACAAAGUCAUUGAUGCUUUGCGGAAGGGCGCUGGAGCUUUCAGUCACGGUCAAACCUACCAAGGACAUCCUCUUGCUUGUCGUGCAGCUUUGGAGGUGCAGCGGAUUAUUCGGGAUGACAAUCUUGUGGCUAAUGUACGGAAGCAAGGAGCGCUACUGGAGAAAUUGCUGAAGGAGAAGUUGAGCUUACAUCCUGCUGUCGGCGAUAUCAGAGGUCAAGGUUUGUUCUGGGGUAUCGAGUUUGUAACGGAUAAGACUACUAAGGCACCAUUUGACCCACACGAGGCUGUGGCCAUGGGAAUGCAUGAGUUGGGUAUGCAAGAGCCUUACAAUAUCUCCCUCUACCCAGGCAGCGGUACCGUGGACGGUAAAUCUGGCGACCACAUCUUACUCGCUCCUGCUUACACAGCCAGCGAGGAUGAUAUCAGACAUAUCGUAGACACGACGGCCCACGUCGUUUCACAGUACUUUGAGCAGAAAUACGGCGCCAAGUUCCGGAUGCACAAGGGUGGCAGCGCACCGUUGGAAGCCGGCCUUUGGAGUUAUGGGCAAACGCGUGGGUAA